AUGCUGGCCACACCUCUGCGUUAUGUCCAACCUACCACAGUCUUAGGUGGUCUUGCAAUCGGCGGCGCAAGCUAUGCUUUCACACGAACCAUCCACGCCGAGUCCGAAUCACCAGCUGCAGCAAGAGUAUUUAGCCGUGGACCGGCGAUGGUAUCGCUACCACUUGAGAGCAGCGAGCAAGUGAACCACAACACCAAACUCCUACGAUUCAAACUCCCAAACCCCACAAACGUCAGCGGACUACCAUUGACAUCAGCCGUACUCACCGCAUCAUGGCCAAAAGGCCGCUUGCUCCCCGUCGCGCGCCCCUACACACCCGUCUCGGCAAGCGACGAGCCAGGCAAACUCGAGCUCCUCGUCAAACAGUACCCCAACGGCAAGCAAAGCACACACCUACACUCCCUACAGCCGGGCGACACGCUGCUCUUCGCCGCCGCACUGCCAGGGCGGUUCGGGCAUCACCCCGGGUUACCAGCUUGCGAGAGGGAUUUCGAAGAACCCCAGGAUGAGACGAUCAUCGCGCUUGUUUACGCCGCCAACACCGACGAAGAUGUUCUGCUGAGGAAAGAGUUUGAUGAGCUUCAGCGAGACUUCCCGGUGAGGUUCAGGGUGGUUUACGCUGUGAGUCAACCUGCUGCUGGAUCGUCGUCGCGCAAGGGCCGCGUGACGAAGCAACUACUAGAAGAGGUUGCGCAGCCGGCGUCGGGGAGAGAUGGAAAGGUGUUUGUGUGUGGGCCGCCGGCUAUGGAGAAGGCGCUUGUUGGGGAUCGGAAGGCAGGGGGUAUCUUGGGGGGGCUUGGAUAUAAAAAGGAUCAGUUUUAUGUGUUUUAG